AUGAAGAUGGAAGGCUGGCAGAAGGAUCAAAUGGCGCAGGGAUUCCAUUAUAAGGCGCUCAAGAAUCAGCCAUCGAGCUCCCCCGUGCUACGGAUACUUAAUUCUAAGCUACACGGAGAGAUGCAAGGCCCGAUGUCCCGGCCAAAGGUGGCGACUAACGCAGUAGAAGGGAUCAGCGCGAUCAUCCAGCUACUGCAAGAUGCUGGAUACGUCGCUGGGGCGUUCGAUGCGAACGAAAUGCUGGAAUGCGAUCAGGAUCAGGUGAUUCAUGCGUGUCGAUCGCUGUAUGAUAAUCUAAUGCCUCUGAAGGGAAUUUGCGAAAGCUCUGAUCAAGCGGUAGCCACGAUCGCCGAUGUCCCGAGUGGGUAUGAUACCGGAUCUUCACAAAAUGCCUUGGCGGAAUCAGAGAUGGAGUCGGACGAUUCCGUCGGCAUCCAGCUAAUGUCUCUAGGCCCAAGUGGUGCAACACAUCUACGCGAUCGAGUCGAGUCGGUGAAGCUGAACUCGCGGUCGAAGACCACAGGCGCAUAA